UUUUCUUCCGGAGAGAGAUAUUCCAGAGCGCUCACGAGAAUCAUGCUGGAGCAGCGUCUCGAUCGAUCGGAGCUCCAUGGAGUGAAUGCGUCCAUCCCGCUCGAUCAGGUAUGGAGGAGCUAGGCAGGAUCCAGUGGAAGCAGCCGUGGCGGCGGCGGUGGCGGCGAGAUCUCGCCUCUCUCGUAUCUGGGUUGUGCCACGGCGGCGCUAGAGCUCACGGGGGAUUGAUGGACGAGGAGGAGGCCAAUCGAAUCCGGCAGGAAGAAGACGAGGCGAUGGUAAUUUGAUCCAUGGCUGAGAAUGGGAGGGAUUAUCGGAGUCCCGGUGAUCGAGUGCGUCUACUUGGCUGGCUGUGCGCACUGGGCUUGGAAGCGCUGCAUUCGAUCCGGAGAAGACGAUAGUCGAGGCUGGGCCGAGGCCGAGUUUGAGGAUUUCAAGCCGGUUCCACACAUGUGUCGUCUCGUUCUCGCGGUUUACGAGAAAGACCUCGCGAAUCCACGCUGGGCUCCUCCGGGUGGCUAUGGAAUCAAGCUCCAGGACGUGGUGAAGAGAGUGAGCUACAAGGACACGCGCGGCAAAGCGCCACCUUAUCUGAUCUACUUGGAUCGCGAGAACUGCGACAUUGUCAUGGCGAUCCGGGGCUUGAAUCUCGUCAAGGAGAGCGACUACGCGGUGCUACUGGACAACAAGCUGGGAAAGCAGAUGUUCGAGGGUGGCUACGUCCACCAUGGAUUGCUCAAGUCGGCGGCCUGGGUUCUCAACAAGGAGGUGAAGCUUCUCAAGCAGCUCGUUGUGGAGAAUCCUUCGUUCACGCUCACUUGCACGGGGCACUCGCUGGGAUCCGGGGUUGCGGCUCUUCUCACGGUUUUGAUCGUCAAGAACAGGAACUUGGUGGGAAACAUUGCGAAGGAGAAGAUCAGGUGCUAUGCGAUCGCUCCUGCGAGAUGCAUGUCGUUGAAUCUGGCUGUGAGGUACGCCGACGUGAUCAACUCCGUGAUUCUCCAGGAUGAUUUUCUUCCCAGGACUGCGACGCCUCUAGAGGACAUGUUCAAGUCCCUCUUCUGCUUGCCGUGCUUGCUUUGCAUCAUUUGCGUUCGAGACACCUUCCUCUCGGAGGCCAAGAUGCUCAAAGAUCCCCGAAGGCUCUACACUCCCGGAAGAAUCUAUCACAUAGUGGAGCGCAAAGUUUGCAGGUGUGGAACAUAUCCUCCAGUCGUGAAGACCGCGGUUCCCGUGGACGGGAGAUUCGAGCGCAUAGUUUUGUCCAGCAGCGCUACCUCAGAUCACUCCAUCGUGUGGAUCCACAGAGAAGGUGCCAAGGCCUUGGAACUGAUGGAAGAAACAGCGACAAUGCAAUCUCCAACGCCCAACAAGAUGGUCCGGCAGCACUCGAUACAGGAAGAACACAUGGAACAAUACAAGGCCGCCAUGGAACGAGCAAAAACGCUUAACAUCCCCCACGCUCACGACUCUCCCUCGCAGUCCUACGGCACUUUCGACCACGUCUCCGUGGGAGACACCGACGAGAGCGACGCUGAGAACCAGGCCGAGAUCUCAAGGUCGCACUCGCCAUCGCCAGACGAGGAAGACGAGGAAGAAGAAGACUCAGCCGAAGUGAGCGAGGAGGAAAGCCUGGACAAGUGGAAGAAGUUCUUGCGAGAACUAUUUCCAAAGGAUCGAUACGAGAGACUGCUAAGCACAGGCUGAAAGUCUUACUGCCGCGGUUCUUACUUUGAUACUCUUCGCGAUGGUCCUACGUUUUUGUUGUACAUUGUCACAGGACCACAACUAUUUUGGAAGAACAAGCUUCCAUAGCUUUCUUCUCGAUCUAUAUCCUUCUUCCA